GGGACUGCACAUAAGAAAUGUGUCUGAGUUCAAAUGCAGUUUUUUCCUUUCCUGAGAGCUGUAGUAGUACCGUGGGUGUAGAGCUUGAAUUGCAGCGUAUGUGAUGAAGACUCAUUAACGUGUUCCGCAUGGAGAUGGUGUGAAUUGCACAUUGAGUGAAGAGAUUGAUUGAUGUUGGCUUAUGUUAAGAAAAUAUGGCUGGCAGAAGGAGUCAAUACAUGCUCUUUUAUUUUUCCUUGAAGUACAUUGUUUUUCCUGCCUGCGUUUAAUCAGAGAACUUAGCUGGGGAAUGCAAUUGCUUUGGAGCUGACAAUAUCUUGUUAUCUUCCGUUAAAAUACUUUGUGGUGUGAAAAUACAGUCAUUAAGAUCUGGCACUCAUUUGAACGCCCACUUUGGAUGAUAAAUAUUAAGUAUCUGCAAAUUAGCUGCAGGCAAAGAGCAAGGAUUCAGUCCUUCACCAUUUAACCUAGCAAGGAGUACAAGCUGUGUGCCAGUCAGCAAGUGGAAGACCUGAUUCUGCAAGCCUGUGGACGAAUAGCUGUCCUUCCCUAUAGCCACUGAGCAGGAGCAGCUCAGAAAAGCCUUCCUGAGCAAACUGCUGGGGCUGGCUGGGUGCAGCAUUGCUCGUAGAGGGCUGCUGGCAGUACUGGGGAACCUACCGCCUUCUGACUUCGGCUUUUCAGACUUCACAAGCUGUGCCUGAAUGGAGGAAUUUGGCAGGACAGGAGGGAGGAAAACUCUUUCCCUUCCUGCUUAAAAGUGUGGGGGUUAAACACAGCAUUUUCCUGCAACAUGGAAAGGCAUAGGCAGGGUAUGCUGAGCCUGGUGGGUGGGUAUUUGGAGAGACAGCAGAGCUGUCUGAGAGGAUUAGGAAUGAAAUGCCUAGAUAUGUUGUCUAGACUGUACUGAUAAAUAGGAUGAAGUGUUGGUUUUUGUUUGUUUAUGUUGCUUCUAUUCCUUAGGCUUUUACAACCGUUUCUAAAAAUAAAGUAAAAUUAAAAAAAAAAAAAAUCAGUAUUUCAGCACCAUGGUAUGCCUUAAGUGGAAAUACUGAUUGGUGUUUAUGUCUUCUUAUCAUUAGUUUCUCACGCGUGUGAUGAAUAAUGGAUUUUUGUCAAUACCCGUGACUGACUGAAUGUGUAAUUUUUACAUCUCUGAGGUGAAUUAAUAACAUGAGCUGUGUAAAGCUUGGAGUUUCUUCUGCAUUAUACUGUCCUUGAAUAGUUGCAAAUAAAAUUAUGGCACCUGGUUUAAUUUUUAUCAGUUAUGCAGGGCUAUUUUAUUCCUGGAAAGUAAGGUACAGGCAGUACAAUCUGAAGAGUUUUGUUAUCUCUGUAAUUGCUGCAGUACUUGAUGAAGGUUUGAAACAGCAGUGGUUGAUCUGAUAGAGAUAGGAGAGCAAAAUGUUGAAACUGCUGGCAACCCAAUUGUCAUGCAGUACAAUUUUAGUAGAUAAUCUGAUAGAGUCUUUAUCAUGGUGCCUCAAUUUAUACUGUAGCUAUUACAGCUACAGGAGGAGGAAGUAGAAAUUUCUUCCAUUUUAUUUAUGUAUUUCUAAAUGCUAGGUGAAAUAACUGUUAGCAUGUAGAAUAUGUAAAACUCAAUGUGUUUUUAUAAUCUACUGUUGUCAAUAUCUUUACCUAUAGGAUUCCUUCUUAAUGCAGCCCAUAACUUGGUUUCCUAGGAGAAUUUACCAUUUACCUUUUUCUUUUUCUUUUCUUUUCUUUUUGUCAAUGCUUUGGUAAGCAGAAUUUCUUAGUGUUUUAUACUGAAUCUGGGAAGACGUGUUUAGAGGGAAAAAAAUCUUAAAACCUUCUCUUUGUUAUUUGUUCACAUACAGUUUUCCCUGAAAGCACCCCAUAGUGUUCUCUGUAACCAUAUAGUAGUCUGUCAUCUACCAUUAAAAACAGGAUUACAAAGAGCAGUGAGCUAAAGGAUAUAUUUGUAAGUACAUAAAGUUAAAUACUAAAUGUACAUUAAGAUGAUUUACUUUCAUCUUCACCACUGGUGUGAUAAAGUUGCUCUUUGUGAGAUGUCACUGGGCGAUAUGAAAUAAGAACAGUGCUUUUUAGGGUGAUUUUUUGCUGGGAUGACUGCUUUGGGUUUGCAGGGCAGCCUGAAUCAGCUAAGUACUGAGCCGUAGCCAUAUGUGCUUGUGAUACUCCUCUCCUUGCAGUUGCUCAUCCAGAGAUACAAACUAGUCAGGAAGACAGGGCACGGAUGGGUGAAUCAUACUUCGUGAUUUCACAGAAUAGCUGUUUUCCUGCUGGCAUAAUUUAAAUUUCACUUCUCUGUUGCACUGCGGUUACAUCAAAGUAAGCCUGAAGUUCUGACUUCUGUGGCUGCUCAGUUUGAUGCUGAGUUUGUGGCAAGGCACUAUGCUAUUACCAAGCUCCUAAUAUCAUCUGAUUUUGUCCCUUUCAGCGUCCUUUCCAUCGUUCAACCAAGAGCCUUUGCCACCAUAUCAUAUGUCUUAACAUCAGACAUGCAGUGCAUGGUGCAUACUGUGGAGCUGUGUCUGUGCUUUGUCUUCUGGAGACGAAAAGCGUUUAAUGCAAGGGAAAGCUGUUUUCUUUGUGGACCAAAUCCCUGAUAAGUAUAGGUCUGAUUCAGAUGACAUCUUAGUCAUAAGAUGCUAUCAAACUGCAUUGAGUAGAAUUAUGUGCUUGUGAGAUCCUCGGAAACAUGUGAACUUCAGCUCCUGUUUACUUGGAGGGACGUUAUCCUCACCCUCUACUCUUCCCUGGUGAGGCCACAUCUGCAGUACUGUGUCCAGCUCGGGGCUCCUCAGUUCAAAAAAUAUAGAGAUCUUCUAGAGGGAGUCCAGUGGAGGGCCACAAAGAUGAUUAGGGGACUGGAGCAUUUCUUUAUAAGGGAAGGAUGAGAGAUUUGGGACUGUUCAGCAUGGAGAUUAUCUAAAGUGAGGAUGUCAAAGGGAUGGGACCAGGCUCCUUUCAGUGGUUUGCAGUGACAGGACAGGGGGCACAGGGCACGAGUUGAACACAGGAAGUUCCAUACAAACAUGCAAAAAAAAUUCUUCACUUUGAGGGUGACAGCACUGCAACGGGCUGUCCAGAUUGGUUGUGGUGUCUCCUCUGCACACUUUCCCAUGUAAUCUACUGUAGGGAACCUGCUUUAGCAGGGGGUUGGACUUGAUGAUAUCUUGAGGUCCCUUCCAACCCCUAUGAUUCUGUGUACAGCUGGUUACACUAAUGAUUAAUAUAAUAGAGGUGAAAUGCAGAGAAAUAUGGUCUGCAGAGCAAAUAAGGAAAAACAAAUUCCUUCUGAGAAAUGCAAGAGUAAAGUUCAGAGUGCUGGCAAGGCACUCCUACACCUGCACAGUUUUAUAGCACUCAUCUGUAAAUUCCAGUUGAAGAUUUCAUUUUUUAAACAGUCAGAGAAUCAUUCUUCAGGUUUCAUGUUGACCCCUCACUGAUUUCAGAAGGUAUUUUCUCUGCCAGACAUUUUAGUAAAUGUCACAGGGAUCAACCACUUUAUGAUGUGGUCAGUCCACAGGUGCUAAACUAUUACAUCUUAUUCUUGUUUGGAGGAGACUCUAAGAAAUUCAGAUUAGAACUCUUUCUACUUAGUUGUUAUUGUUACUUGCAUUGUCUGAAAUACAAAGCAAAGCACUUUUCUAUUGCGGGUACAUUUAGAAAAGCAUUUUCCAAACUUAAACAAGUUCAUUGUUUAAUGAUUGCAUUAUAUGAAAAAAUUGGAAAAAAUAUCCCUCAGUUCCAUCCUUGAAGGUGUUUAGAGUGACACUCUCAUCUUCACACACAGAGAAACAUUUAUUCCUAAUACUUUAAAAAGCAUGUUUAUCAGAAAAUCCUUAAUUAGUUAUUGGUAUGGCAAAUAGAGUUACUCAAGCAGCUGUAAGCCACAGUCCCCUUCCCCUUUUCCCUCCUCCUGCUUAGUUCCUUCUUUCUGCACUUCAGCACACUCCGUCUGUGUGCAUGUGUGGGAUCACUCUCUCCACUAUCUCUUCCUUGGGCUCAUUUCCGUUCUUUGCUGGCAAAGAAACUCGUUAUUGAAUCAGCAAAAUCAGCCAAACCUUUCCAGGCCAAAUCAGCCAAACCUUAUAGCUUGUUUUGAAGAUUAUGUGAGGUGGGAGGAGUCCUUGAAAUCAGUCUACUGCUGUUCUGACACUUCACCUUCGGUUUGAACAGCUGCUGUCUGCUCUGGGCCUUUCCUCAAAAUUGCUCAGGUGAGAACAUUUCCUUCGGUAAGUGACGAUAAGAAUGAAUGGCCAUAUAUCAAAUACCCCUCCUGGUGGCUAUGGAAGUUAUUCUCCUCAAAUCAAUGGUUAUGGCUCACCCACAUUUGCUCAAUCAGAGAGGGAGCAGAAUUCAAGAACAAGUGCUAAGGCUCUUUAUGAACAAAGAAAGAACUAUGCACGGGACAGUGCCAGCAGCAUAUCGGAAACUUCCCAGUAUCACGUAGAGCACUUGACCACCUUUGUUCUGGAUCGAAAAGAAGCAAUGAUUACGGUAGAUGAUGGAAUAAGAAAGCUGAAAUUACUGGAUGCCAAAGGCAAAGUGUGGACUCAAGAUAUGAUUCUUCAAGUGGAUGACAAAGCUGUCAGUUUGGUGGACUUGGAAUCAAAGAAUGAACUGGAGAAUUUUCCUUUAAGCACAAUUCAGCAUUGCCAAGCUGUGAUGAAUGCAUGCAAUUACAAUUCAAUUCUUGCAUUAGUAUGUAAAGAACCAACUCAGAACAAGCCAGAUUUGCAUCUUUUCCAAUGUGAUGAGAUUAAGGCUAGCUUUAUUCAUGAAGAUAUAGAAAGUGCAAUCAGUGACAGCAAGAGUGGAAAACAAAAGAAGAGACUUGAAACACUGAGGAUGAUCUCCAGUGCUGAUGGCGCUAUCCCUCCCCCACCACGGGCUCCUGCCCCUGUUCCCCCAGGGACCGUCACCCAGGUGGAUGUGAGAAGCCGUGUGGCAGCGUGGUCCGCAUGGGCUGCAGAGCAAGGGGACUAUGAAAAACAUAGACAAUAUCCUGACCAUGAGGAAACGGCAGAAAUGAUAGCAGCCAGGAUUGACAGAGAUGUUCAAAUUCUGAACCAUAUUUUGGAUGACAUUGAAUAUUUUGUUACCAAACUUCAAAAAGCUGCUGAAGCAUUUGCUGAACUUUCAAAGAGGAAGAAAACCAAGAAAAGUAAAAAGAAAGGACCUGGAGAGGGAGUUCUCACUCUCCGUUCAAAACCACCACCUCCAGAUGAGUUUGUUGACUGCUUCCAAAAGUUCAAGCACGGCUUCAAUCUUCUGGCCAAAUUAAAGUUCCAUAUCCAGAAUCCUAGUGCAGCUGAACUGGUUCAUUUUCUCUUUACCCCACUACAUAUGGUGGUGCAGACAACAGGAGGUCCAGAGCUUGCCAGUACAGUACUAAGUCCCCUCCUAACAAAAGAUACCAUAGACUUCCUACAAUAUACUGUCACGAGCGAGGAAGGGCAGUUAUGGAUGUCAUUGGGUGACACAUGGACCAAAGCCAGAGCGGACUGGCCCAAAGACCAGUUCAUUCCACCUUAUGUUCCCCGUUUCCGAAAUGGUUGGGAACCUCCUUUGCUGAACUUCAUGGGAGCUCCAAAUGAGCAAGAACUCAAUAAUUUGGCUGAGUCUGUGGCAAACUUUGCAGAGCAACAACGGAAGCAAGAAAUAAAAAGAUUAUCAACUGAGCCUCCCAGUGUUCCCGACUACCCUCCAGCCGAUGGGUACGCAUUCAGUAACACAGUGUACAAAAGAGGGCCUCUGCUGGACCAAGGGGCGGCUGUUGCUGCCUUUAAGCAAACUGUUAGCCGCCAUGUAGAUAGAAACUAUGAGGCACACAAUAAAACACAGUCCAAGAAAUAUGCCAAAUGCAAGUAUGAAUUUAUGGCAAGAAACAACAGUGAGCUUUCUGUCCUGAAAGAAGAGAUUGUAGAGAUUCUGGAUGAUAGGAAGCAGUGGUGGAAGGUCCGGAAUAAAAGCGGCAAUACAGGCUUUGUGCCAAACAACAUUCUGGACCCUCUGAGGAAUUAUGAAGGUGGUCUGGGAUUGCCAGAACCUGUGUACACCCGUGCCAUCCAGAAACAAAGGACAGACUAUGUCGCUAAACAACCUGAUCCGGUUCCUGCUACUCCUUCACCGCCUCCAAUGCCUGCUCCAGUUCCUGCAGCUGUCCCCCUCCCUCCGAGCACCCCAGCACCCAUCCCAGUUCCUGUGCCCAAGGCACCAGCAACUGUCAGCCGCCAAAGCAGCACCUCUAGUGACAGCGGUGGUAGUGUUGCACGAGACAGCCAGAAGCACAAACAAGCUCCUGUGGACCGCAGGAAAUCUCAGAUGGAAGAGGUGCAGGAUGAACUCGUUCACCGGCUCACCAUCGGCCGCAGCAAUGCCCAGAGGAAGUUCCAUGUGCCACGGCCAAACAUCCCCGUAGUGAAUAUCACGUACGACUCCUCGCCUGAGGAUGUGAAAGCAUGGCUGCAGUCCAAAGGAUUCAACCCUGUGACUGUGAACAGCCUUGGUGUGCUGACUGGUGCUCAGCUUUUCUCCCUCAACAAAGAGGAACUGAGGACUGUUUGCCCAGAAGGGUCUAGAGUCUACAGCCAAAUUACGGUACAGAAGUCUGCUUUGGAGGCUAACAGUGGCAGUUCAGAACUGCAAGAAAUUAUGAGAAGACGGCAAGAAAAAAUCAGUGCAGCUGCAUCAGAUUCCGGUGUGGAGUCUUUUGAUGAAGGAAGCAGCCACUAGAAGUCUUUCCUCUUGUCUUUAGUUCCGCUGACCAUAGCAUUAUACAGUCCAGCUUUGCUUUAGUGAAGGGGAACGUCUUAUUACUGUGUAAAAGUACAUAACUAGCCAUCAUAAAGAAAACUUACAGUAGUAUCUGCAGAAGUACUUGCUGCUGGCUUCUCUUCAUUAAAAAUGAAAAUGAGAAAUCCAAUGACAGGUGAAACUAUUGGCACUAGAGUCACUUAUACCCAAAGACAAGCCUUGGCUUUAUGGAAUUAACCUUUCAGUGACAGGUAAACUGGAAAGUAGUUUUAUUUUUGAUCCAUCCUGGAAAAGUUGAGCCAGCAAUAAAAAGCAUUUGAACCCUUCAGUAAUAAUACAGUUCUGGAUUCCAUUGCCAGCUGUAGUUUGCAACUAUGUCUUUCUUACAGUGCAUUCAGCUGCAGGAUGUUUAGUUGAUGCCAGCAAAGAGGUAAUGUUUAGGGUAUGAACAGCAGCCCAGCAUAGACUGAAUCUUUCUUGCAUUGCUCCCAAGGUAUUUUAUUACUAAUGACGCUGUUUGUACCAAAAUAAUACUCUGUACUUUGAUUUUAUCAGUACUUCACUCGUGAUGAACAAUAAUAUUGCACAAGAAGGAAUUAAUAGAAAACAGUAACACAACUCAGCUGAAAGAGGGGAUCAGAUGUGCUGUAGGUAGCCAUGAAACAAUUCUCAUUAUUUUUAAUACACUUGCAUUUUUUGUUUGUAACUUAACCUGUCAGAGGAACAGUGUGUAAUCUAGACUUUGCGUGUUGAUCCCAGACAUCAGUUUUUCCAUAUGUAAAAAGCUGUUGCUCCUUUAUGAAUGUAAUCUUUUGGAAAAUUGGAUUCCUGGUGGCAAAAGGGAGAGAAAAGGAAGCAACCCUUCCAGCAAAUAUUAUUUUUGAAGAUGCGAUGAUUUUUGUCACAAAAAUGUUCUGUUACUUCAAAUGGUCUUGUGAUUUUAUAUAUAAUAUAUGUAUUAUAUAUAAUAUAUAAUAUCACUUAAUUUAGACAAAUUUAAUCAUCUAGUUUGAUUAAGUUUCAUAGUGCCUUUUCCACAUGAAUCAGCUUAAAGUCUGCAAUAAACAGUAUUUCUUGUCUGUUAAAUAGUUGUAUCUUUGUGGCUACAAAGACGGUAUUGAAAUAAGAAAGUGUUCUUGAUUUUUGCCAUUAGUUUGCUUUUCCUCUGUGUACAAGGAAAAAAAAAAAGAAUCCUAUUCAUUUUUUUCAUAAAAGAAAUUAAAAUCUUAAUAAAGGUGUUUAGUGCCAUUUAUUGUAAAUGUCCUUACAAAUACUA